UUCCAAGGUCCCUGCAGAACUCGUCUCGCUCUUCACGAAGAACUGUCAGACGUGUCUUGGUGUCCGCAAGUACAGCAAAAACAAGCGCCCAAUCCUUAACGAGUUCGAAUACCCUGCUCAUCAGCAGGCCCCUCAACCACAACAUCAGCAGCAACAGCCAGUACCGCAGCUUCAACAGCAACAAGCACACCACCAUGUCCAACCACCACAUCUCCAGCUCACAUGCAACACCAGUGGGUACGGCCAGUUGCACAAUAUGAUGAAGCAUGAGCAUGGCCAGAUCUCUCCCAUUUCUCCUAUUGGGUCCAGCUUCUUUGAAAAUAGCCACAUUCACUCUGCAUACAACCAAGAAGCGCAACAGAAUCAUCAUCAUCACCACCACCACCAACAGCAGCUGCAGCUGCACCACCACCACCAUGCAGCCCUAGCAACCCAUCUGAACAUGAGCAUGAGUCUAUCAGACCUGUCACUCAAUCAUACCAACACCGCCAGCACGGACUUUCCUUCCCCGAUCACGACAUCGACACCUCCAAACAUCCUCACAAAAUUCGAGCUGCCGUUCAAUCAGCUCUUGCAACAACAGAGUCAGAUCAUGAACAGCGGCCUUCACAGCCCAACAGAUCUUCCAGACCACCAUUUCACAACACAGCUUCAACUUCAGCAACGGUCCUCGCCAACGUGCUCAUCCGCAAGUCCGUACUCGCCUUUGUUGGAUGAACAUUACCUUUCUCAUCCAUCUCAGCAUCCUAACCAGCAUCAGCACCAGUACCAGCAGCAGGCAAACGACUAUACGCAGACGUUCUCGAGCUACUCCGCAGCAGCAGCAGCAGCAGCAGCAGCAGCAGCGGCGGCUCUGUCGUUAAGAAACUUCCAACACCUGCCGUACUCGUCCUCCCCACGUCCUCAGCAACAGCAGCAGCAGGUUGAGGAUGAGGGAUCGCUGAUAUCAUCGGAAGCUCAACUCUUCCAGAAGCAGAUCCAGCAAGAGCAUCAGUGGUACCAGCAGCAGCAGCAGCAGCAAAGGUUUCUUCCGGAUGUGUCGAUGACCUCGGCAGUGAUGUCUUCGGUGGCCUCGGCGGUACCUUCGAUGACUUGUUCGAUCCCAACACCGACGAUGGGGUCACCGUUGGAGGGAUUCUUGGAUGAUGAGGAUGUGGAACAGGAUCGGAGGGCGCAGCAGGACGAGUUGGAGAGGUGUCAGUUGAAUGCUGUUGCUGAGCUCGUUGCUGCCGCCCAGCUAUAACCCUCCUUUCCCUCCCCCUCCUCCUCCUUUUUCUUUUUGUCUUUUUUUUCAGCUCCAUGUAAUUAUAUCACACAAAAAAAGUGGUUUCUUCGCCUUGCUUAGUGGAGGCAAUUGUACAUUCUUCCUCUCCUCCUCCCUUUCCAUCCCUUGUACUAUCCAUUAUCGAAUAGAAGAAAUAAAAUAAAAAAUAGCUAAUCGAC